AAAAAAUCAAAUCCAAUUUUUUGUUUUUCUAAACUUUCUUAUUACAUCUAAAUUUUAAGUAUAAACCAAAUUUGGCCAAUUGAACGAAUCUUUUCUUAGUUUUUAGUUAAUUAAACAUAUAAAAUCAUAAAAGCAGUGCAAAAUGACUCCAGGUCUCAAUAUCAAUCGAUUGAACUUACCCAAUAUGGUCGAUCGUCAGUUAAAUGAGGCUUCAAUACCGGAAACAUAUUUUCGACCUGUCGUUAUUGGGGGAAAACGAAAAGCCCUUGAGGAGAAGCCACCAAUGGCAACCGAAAUGGGCGCAUCAUUCGAUAGCAUUGUAGCAACUGUUCAUACUAAAUUAAGGAAUAAAAGUGUGCGUAAAACUCGUGAGCAUCCCACCAAUCCAGUAGAGAAAAAUAAAGUUUUAACUGAAACUCCCACAGAAACUUCACCGAAGCUACACACCGUUUGCGUGGAAACGCCAGAAACCAAUCUGGAACUCAAAGACUAUAUGCAAAAGUCAACGUUACCAUUGAAAGCUGCUUCAAUACCACAAAUCAAAGCCGUGCGCGCACAAAAGCAACAACAACGUAUGCGUCGUUCAAUGCCCCAUUAUGCGGAUUAUAACGAUCCUAUAAGUCAGAAACGUUUUCUUGAGGUUCGUGAGCAGAAGAGAAUUUUAGAAGAUAUGCUUGCCCAACAUCAACGCUUGCAACACGAUCGGCAAUCAAUCGCUAUGGAAAUACAAGCUAUGAGAGAGCAUUUAAGUGAUAUUCGACACAAACUAGAUAUUUCACUUAAGAGAUUAACAACGAAACCCAUCGUGCGCAGUGAAGUCUUGCUGAAGCCUAAAGUUUUCUUUAGACCACAACAGUGUAAUCGUCCAAACUUAAGGAAAUCACCCAGUCCGCCAAACAAGCCACCCACACUUCCAUCCAUACUGAAAUCUCCGAAUCUGGCGGCGAAACCACUAAUUCCGCCAGCAAAGCCAGCUGUUAGUCCCGUGCGUACCAAUAAAAGUCCAGCACGUAAGCCACGCAGUCCCUCGAGAAAUGUUAAGCGGGACAAGGUGGUUGCAUGAAAAGUAGUUAUCGCACAAUGGCGAGAGAAAGAGUUGCCUGGGAUAAUAUUUCUGAACGCCAUAGAAUAGUUCUCGUAGCUUGCGGAAGAAAAUUUCUUCUGCUACUUAAAAAAAAGUUCAUAAAAAUAGUAUAAUCUAAAAGCUAUUUACUUUCUUUUCAUAUAAAAAACUCGUCACACUGAGUGAGUAAGUGAGAGAGGGAGGAAGUGAGGGAAAAAGAGACUUCAAGGAGGAGGAAGUGAGAGAAAGAGAGACAAAAAGUUCCCCAACAGCAAUUUAGCUCGUUUAUAAUGGUCCCGGCGUCUCUACUAUUAAUCUAAACAAAGUAAAAUCAAAUUGGAUUCAAUUGAAAUUAGAUUGGCUUUUGUUUAUAUUAGUAGAAAUGGCUGAUGGUCAACUUUUUUCGAUCCAUAAUGUCUCCGCAAAGUAUUCCAAUUGUAAAUAGGUGUUGACCGAUAUCAAAGAAUCGGAAAGACUACUUAUCUUCAGGAUAUCUAUGUAUAUUGUAAGAUUAGCUCAAUGCUUAACAAUAAACAAACUCAAAAAUGUU